UACCUGCCAUAUCCGAGUAAAAGAAGGGAUAAAAUAAAUUGGUGGGCAGUUUGCAGGAUAAAGGCGCGAUCAGAGCUUGACAUGCCCGAGGGGAUUAUCCCGGCCUUUCAAGAUGACAUAGAAGAAAAUCCUCUCAUUGUUGCAACAGAAGACAAUCCGACAUAUUUGGCUGAUCAAACUGGAGAAGCUGAGGAAGAUGCGUUGUUCAUGCCUCCUGAACAAGAAACAGAAGAUGAGUUCAUCGCAUCCUCAUCAGACGAAGAUGAAAGCGAAGAACUUUAGUAGUAUGAGGGGUCGCGGUCGAGGAUCAGGCACAGGCCGAGGAUCAGCCUCAGGCCGAGGACGCGGACGGGGAUCAGACCUUGUUCCUGGCGAUGACAACGUUGCUGAGGAGCAGCAGCAGUUAGAGGCUGGAGCACCUGUUCAGCCUCGGCAGCAGCGUGAGCCUGGCGAGCCCCCGGCUGUUUUGGACGACCGGGGUAGGGCGAGGGUUCACCCGGACCCUAGCAGGUAUGUUUACAAUUUAGUUUUCCACGUUUAA